AUGAGUCGUAAUACGAAAAGUCAUAACAAUAAAGACAUGCGAAAAAGAUCUGCAUUGUCAUUCAUCGGUGGAGAUGGUUCACUUGAUGUUGACCAUGUUUUACAAUCCAAACCUUGGGAAAAUAUUAAAGAAUUUGAAGAAAGCGAGGCUGGUUGUAUUCAAAAUGUACUAAAUGAUUUUGUCAAAGCGGUUACACAAGAGAAAAGUGUUGAAGCUAAAGAGGGACUAUUAAAGACGAUUAAAGAUUCUACGAAAAAAACUCCAAGAUCUACAAAAAAAGCUUCAACGAAGUCUUCGAUAAAGGAUUUAUCAAUGGAUUUACCUGGAACUUCAUCAAGUACUAUUAGCAACAUCGUUGAAACAAAUGUUACACUACGUAAGAAUAAAACUUUAAAGAAGCAAAGUCAGUUCGAGGUUUCCGAUAUAGAAAUGAUUCCGCAAGAACUCUCACAUAAUAUUGAUGAUAUAGAAGAAGAAAUCCAAAAUGUUUCAGAAGCCAACACCAAGAAGAUUAUUAAUUCAAAUAAAACAAUAAUUAAAAAAGAGAUCUUUCAAGAUAUAACAAAUGUCACUGAAAGAUGUCUACAAACAAGCACUCCUAAAAAAAUAUCUCCUAAAAUAAUAAAAAGGAUGGAGGAAAAGAAAGAAUCAAUGGUAGAAAAUAAAAAACAAAAUACGAGAAAUUCAGAAACUAAAUCAAAGAAAAAUGUUCAGCACAAAAAAAUACAAAAAGGAUCAGAAAAUACGGAAGAGCAAGAUAAAAGUAAUACAAAUGUUCUUAAAGAAGGGGAAAAAACAAAUAUAAAUUUGGAAAAUCAUUUGGAAAAAAUAAUUCCGCAGAAACUCCCACAUAAUACUAAUGCAAAAAAAGAAACUAAAAAAACUUCAAAAGUUAUCGCCAAGAAGAAUGUCAAUUUAAGUAAAAAAAUUAAAGAAGGAAUCACACAGGACCCAAUAAAUAUCGCCGAAAAAGAUCUGCAAACCAGCACUUCUAAAAAAGAAACCAGCAUCUCUAAAAAAGAAACAUCUAAAAUACGAAAAAAGACGAUGAAAAAGGAAAAAUCAACGGCAGAAAAUAAAAUAUCAAAAACGAGAAGUUCAGAAAAUAAAUCACAGAAAGGUGUUCAGCACAAAAAAAUGCGGAAAAAAUCGAAGAACAGGGAAGAGCAAACUAAAAGUAGCGUAAAUAUGCUUGAAGAAGAAAAAACGAAUGUAAAUGAAAAAGAAGUAAAUGUAAAUUUGGAAAAUAAUUUGGUAUGCAAUAAAGUGAAUCACACUUCGUCAAAAAAUAAAGCAGAGAACAAAAAAGCAAAAUAUAAAAACAAGCCUAACCAAUUGAAAAAGAAGAGUUUGAAGAAAGAAAAUUCCGAGAACAAGCUGCAAAAAAGCACUCAGUUAUCUGCAAUGAUUAAUGUCCGUGGAAACAACGGCAAAAAUAAAAGCAUUCUUAGACACCCAUUAAACCAAGCCAAAAUGAAGCUGCACGAAAAGAAGGAAUCAGGCAUCCACAGAAUCCAAGAGGUGCCUCUCGAGGAAUUGGACUUAUCAAAGGAGUACAAUGUGGAGAAGACUCUAGGCGAAGGUAGUUUCGCGAAAGUUCUAUUGGCAACGCACAGAACCACUCAGACAAGAGUGGUCCUAAAAGCAGUUCAUCAAGAACUCACGUCGGAGAAGGACUUCUUCCGAGAAUUCCAUUAUUCGUAUCACUUAAGUCCACAUCCUAAUAUACUCUGCUCAUACGCAGUUGCCUUUAAGGCGGAGAAAUGUUUCGUCUUCGCGCAGGAAUACGCGCCCUACGGCGAUCUCGCUGGCAAUGUGAAAGCCGGCGGGCUCAACGAGGAUGCCUGCAAAAAAAUCGCUGGUCAACUUGCCUCGGCCCUCGAUUUUAUCCAUUCGAAACAACUGGCCCAUCGUGACAUCAAGCUGGAGAACGUGCUAGUGUUCGCGCAGGACAUGAGCAAAGUGAAGUUAUGCGAUUUCGGCUGCACAAAGCGCGAAGGCAUCCUUGUGAAUAAGAUCCGUUGUACCUGGGUGCCGUUCCAACCUCCCGAGAUUCACGAAAUCAUCAAGAAUGAAAGGUAUGCUUGCAAGAGGAGCUCAGACUGCUGGCAGUUUGGCAUUGUCCUCUUUGUUUGCCUGACCGGUAACCCGCCAUGGCAGAGCGCCGAUCCGAUCCAAGACCCGGAUUACUCAGCCUUCCAAAGAUGGUUGAAGCGACGUACCACCAAAAUCCCACCGACUUUCCGCCGUUUCACUCCUAGGCUACUCCGAUACUUCAGGCGAGCAUUUGAACAUAAGCCGGAGAAAAGGCCUCACGUGACCGAGAUCAACAAGUACCUCAAGGAUUCGUGGUGUAUCAGUAAGAUCAGCCACAGUGCGACAUCGACGUCAGUCGAUGUUAGCGAGAGCCUUGCCAGGCGAGGCGAUAGCCUACUCUAUCUAGAUACUAUCUUGGACGAUCGACACAACGUGGAUGAGAACAAGAACAAAUUAAGAAAACUACUUAACAGUUACGGCCUGGAGACUACGGUAGACCAGAAAGUCGUCACUAAGAGGAUAUGGGAAUGGGUAAUGCAAUGUGACUCUAACAUAGACACGGAGCCCGGUCUGAUCAGCAGCUUCAGCACGGAGAACAUGUGAGAGAUAGUGAGAACUUGCAGCGAGCCAUGCCUUCGGGUCACUCAAGAGGAACGGAGUAAGUUCCGAAAGGGCAGCUUCUACAUGCCGACCUCGUACAGAUGUGCCAAAUAAUCAGCUAGAGCUACCUAGCCGAGAGACACUUUCCGGAACUCAUUCGAGUGCCCCGCAAAGGAAGUGGAACAUGACCCUGUUUCAGCGAUGUUUCCAAAGUGUCGAAAAGCUAGUCACAAGCGGACCAAUUACCGAACUUCUUUAAUUAGUAAGAUUGCGGAUAAAUUCGAGGGACAAUGAUAUUUGUAUAGAUUGGUGUUAAAAACGGUGUAAUCGCAAU